GAUGACAUCAGCAGUUCACUGUCUGUCGUCUUUUUUCCAGAACACCUGUUGAACUGUACAAGUCCUACCUGUCCUGGAUGUUGGAGCUAAAAUUCCUACCAGAAGAAAACAGUGUGGAGGAAAAGGAGGAGACAAGGAAGGUGGAGGUGGAGGAGCAGGUGGAGCUCAGCCUCACAGCUCAGGAAGAGGAGUUCCAUCGCUACUAUGCAUCGCUGUUUGCUGUACCUGUCAGCGGGGGCAGCACUGAGGCUCCAGUGAGAUCACCUGGACACCACCUGGUCGUAGAAGUCCUGGACGAGUUGGACGGAGACGGAAACCAUGGAAACUCUGAGGACCAGACGGAGACGAACGCCGCCACAAAGUUGGACUUUUCUGAGCCGUCGUCCAGCGCCAACACAACACCUGGGUCCACAACAGCGCCACCCACUGUGGGGUCCUCAGGCCGCAGCUCCACUGUUCACAGUCCGUCACAACUGAAACCUGAAACCACAGAUAAACUCCGCCCUCCUGGGCCUCCGACUGCAGGAGCAGGAGGUUUGAUGAAAACUUCAGCCUCUAGAACUGUGACAUCACCACACGGGGCUGUGAGGUCACCGAGGACAACGUCCCAGGAGAACCUCCGUUCCUCCGCUCGUGUCUGCAGAUCUGAUUGUUUCAGCAGCUCCAAACUUAUGUCGUCAUCUCCUCGACCUCAGGACCAGAUCCGUCCGAACUCUCAGCGUCCUCAGUCUUGUUGUCCUUCACCGGAGCCAAACCAACGUCGCUGGUCUUCUUCGUCCACUCGCCCCUCACUCAGGUCCACGUUCACGAUCUCACCGUUCAGCUCAGCUCAGUCACCUCUGCUGCCCAGAGUUCACACUCCCACCGCGUGUCCCUCAGACCGCUGUCUGUCCAACACGUCCUCGGUGCUGAGUUUCCCACGGUCCCCGGAGCCCCCCCUGCUGCAGACCCCCCCACCAAACUCACAGCUCACAGCGGCUUUAACACCAGCGUCCAGUCCGACCACGUCGUUAUUUAACGAAUCCCCGUCUGACGCCAGUCUUAGGCGUACCUCCACCACAACAGAUGGGGGCGCUGCACCUCCUGCCUCCUCCACCUCUGGCGGCCAUGAUUUAACUGAACAUGGCACCGCGCCGAUCACAGCGCCGCCAUCACCGCCGUCAUCACCGCCGUUAAACAUGAAGCAGGAGGAGGAGCUGCUGAUUGACAGCGAGGAUGAAAUGUCCUGUGAUAGUCUGGGUCUGACUUUUCACGAGGAAGACUCCUCAGAGGAAGAAGAAGAAGACGAAGAGACGCCGGGACGUUCACCCAGAGCAACAAACCAACAUCCCUCUGACGAGAAGGUCAAAGGUCGUCACAGUGAUGAGCCACAACAGCUGUCACACGGCUCCACGCUGAUUCAAGGCUGGAGUGACGGGUCAGAACCGCAGCAGUUCUGGGACGUCAGAGACCGGUCUCCUCAGUGUCCAGAUCCCAGUCCUGGUUCUUCAGAUGAAACACGGCACACACCCUCAGCUCCAAAGUGGAUGUGCAGCCCCGGCCCAGCAGUCUCCUGCCCCCUGGUGUCCAGUCCUCUACCUGCGUCGAAGCUGUCCUCCUCCUGCUGCUGCUCCUCCUCUUCUCCUCCUCCUCCUCCUCCUCCUCCUCCUGCUCCUGGUCUGCCCCCCUUGGUGUCAGACUCUGAACUGCUUCCAUCCUUCCGUCCCUUGUCUCGUGCAGCUCUGGAGAUCAUGGAGAUCUGCAGCGUGGAUCAGACGGGGUGCGAGGACCCUGACCUGGACAACGAAACCACAGCAUACCAUCUUCAUAACCUCGAGCAGGAGCUCCAGCGUGUGACCAAAGACACCGGGACCAGGAUCAUGUUACCAGCUGAGAGGGCCGCUCCGUCUGGGAAACUGCCACGGCCUCAGAGUGAACAUCACUCAGAUGUGGAUUAUCACAGGACGACAGUGAAGGCGUCUUUAACGACCUGGUGAUGGCGUCAGGACCUGAGCUCAAUCAUGGACCGUUUUAACGGUGUCCCAGUCACUGAGGAGCAGAGGGAGGAAGAGGAGGCUGCACAGAUGGACCGUCAGAGCGUCCUCUUACUGCCCUGAGACCACACACACACACACACACACACACACACACAUGUUAACGCAAUCAUGAAAGCAGAAAAAAACGAAACCAAACUGUUACACAGCAACGUCUUUGUAGUGUGAACAGACUUUGAUGGAAAAACCUGAAGAAGAACGACUUCAAAGGAACAACA